AUGAGAUUUAAAAGUUCUAGGACAGUGGAGCGUGAAUUGAAGUCUCUUGUAAAUUCUUCUGAGAACGGAAACCGCUGCGGCGAAUGUUCUGCCACGUAUCCGACAUGGUGUUCUGUAAAUUUAGGCGUGUUCCUAUGUGGGAGGUGCGCAUCGGCGCAUAGGAAGGUCCUAAAUGGGAACGAAAGCCCUCUAGAAUCCCAAAUUAAGUCUCUGUCCCUUGAUAGGUGGAGUGCCGAUGAGUUGGAGGAAAUUGCUAACAGUGGUGGUAAUAAACGGAACAAUGCUGUAUGGAACCCCAAGAAACAAUGGUUUCCUUACGAUGCGGAUUCGAACAAAUCCCAAGUUGAGGAAUAUAUCAGACAGAAGUAUAUUGUAGGAAGCUUCAGGCAUGUUCCUAUCAGGUCCGAAGACUAUGGGAUGAGACCUGAGUCAAGUUCAUCUCGCCAAAGCUAUGGGGGUAAUACAGCUGGUAGUGCAGGGGACUAUGCUUCCAAUUCCACACCCAUGUCAAAUUUUGCAGACGGAGUCCGUAGUUCCUCUGGUGCAGGCAGUAUUCCAGAUGUCUCUGCGGCUCGCAUACCCAGUUUGACGCAUCGCACUGUCACAGACCAUGAAAUCGGAAAGUACAGUAGUCAGCUCUCUAAAAUGCGCCAACUUGGAUACAAUGAUACGGAUGCUGUUGUAGAGGCGCUUGUGUUUGCCAAAGGGGAUAUCAAUUUAUCUCUGGACAUCUUAGAAAAAGAUUCGAGGGAGCAUCGUCCAUCGCCAGCCCCACCUCUUCCAAAGAGGCAUGAAUCAUCACCCAAGCCGCAACCGGCGGUUUUCGAUGGCUUUACAGGGGCCUUACCGCAAAACAUUCUGCAACAGAAUACUCAGCUGCAACAGAAUGCCCAGAUAUCACAACCCACAGGUACUGUAUUCGAUGGAAAUGUGCAACAAUACCUAGAUCCACUGACGGGCCAAAUUUAUGUCGAUCAAACACAAUAUAUGCAAGCUGCCCACCUACUACCACUACAGCAGCAGCAACAGCAACAACUACAGCAGCAACAGCAGCAACAGCAGCAACAGCAGCAACAGCAGCAACAGCAGCAGUUGCAACAAGCCUCCAUCGAUAAAAAUGCACUGAUGGCCCUUUAUGACCGCCCUGACCUUUACUCCAGCGCCGUGGAAAUUAAACCAGACAACCCACAGUAUCAAAAGUUACGAAUGAUACAGGAACAACUUCAACAGCAGCAGCAGCAGCAGCCCCAACAACAGUACCAGCAGCAGCAGCAGCUACAACAACUCCAACUUCAGCAGCAACUCCAUUCCCAAACACAACCACAACAGCAACAACAGCCGUUCCCUCUUUCCAACCAACAACAAUUUCAACAGCCCUACCAGCAGCCUCCCCAGAACGGCUACCCAGGCUCUGGAUACUACUAUCCUAUGUAA